AUGGAAAAAGAUAAACCAUCAACUAACCCUAUGGUUCAUGAAAUUGAAGUCAAAGCUGAAGAUAUUAAGAAGAAACUUAAACAUGUGGAAACCCAAGAAAAAAGUAUCUUACCAACUAAAGAGGAUAUCGAACAAGAGAAGAAGGAUGAUGAUAAAAAUGAAUCGAAAUAG